AUGCGCUUUAUACUCAAAAGUGGAACAAUUGUAAAAGAUCUUAUAGAUCGUAUACCUCACAAUAAUUUCUGGAAUGGGAAUCAUCUCAUACUUGGUAGAAGCAAUGCUGGAAAUCAACAGUGGCAGAUAUAA